ACUGGAUCACACAGAUCACCCCAUCGAGCUUCACAGCAGAGGUGAGAGGUUCGUCAGCAACAACAACAAUGGCGUCCUCGCGGAAGCUAGCGCCCCUAGCUGUGGCCUUAGCAACCAUCGCCUUGGUGGUGACGGUCACGCCCUGCGCGGCGCAGAAGUCGGUGGAGGACGACGUCGUCGACCUGCACAACGCGGCGCGCGCCGACGUGGGUGUCAAGCCCGUGUCGUGGAACAAUAGCCUGGCCACGUACGCCGAGAGCUACGCGGAGACGCGCCAGGACGACUGCCAGCUCAAGUUCUCCGACGGGCCCUACGGCGAGAACCUCUUCUGGGGCGCCGCCGGCACCAACUGGACGGCCGCCGACGUCGUGGGGCUGUGGGUGGCCCAGAAGCAGUACUACGACCACGCCAGUAACACCUGCGCUGCAGGAAAGAAGUGCGGCGCCUACACGCAGGUGGUUUGGCGCGGUACCACCAGCAUCGGCUGCGCUGCCGUCGUCUGCAGCAACGAAGGCGGCGUCUUCGCCAUCUGCAGCUACAACCCGCCGGGCAACCUCGACGGCCAGAGUCCGUACUAGCUUGGCGAUCAUCGAUCAUAUACGCACGCAGCUGUGGAUGCUUGCAAUACCUACUACGUGUAAGUGUCGUAUGCAUGAGUACAUGUAUACACAUACCGUACGUGUGUGUCGACGGAUGAAAUAAAAUUGGGAACCGCAUGCCAUAUUUAUGCUUUGCUGUGUAUACAAACGUUAUAUAUAUGCACAUACUAAUGUUAUUUGUCA